ACACAAACCUAACACUUGCUAAAUUCUUGUUAAUGUUAUUCUAAAUGGCAGUUCGACGAUCAACUCGUUUAAGCAGCAUUGGUAUUAAAUCUGCAACGCCUACGCUGCCUGCAACAACAACAACCACUACCCGCAGGUCAACCAUAUGGGGUCAUAGACAAAGUACUCAUUCCAUACACAGUGACGAAGAGGAAGAAGAGCGUUCCUCGAAUUGUAGCAACGAAGAGAAUUGUGAUCGUAUUAAUCAAAUGGCUGCCCAUAGGAAAAGAUCAGUUGCCAAGACCAGCAAAUCACUGGACACGGUGGAUGUGGAGGAUGAAGCACCAAAGACACCAAGAAGUAAAAAUUCACUCAAACCAAUGCCAGCUUCCAAGAAAAGGGAGCUACUUAAACGACUCCAGGCAGAAGAGGAAUGUGGUAAAACUGUCGAACAACUGAAUGAAGCUUCACCACCCAAACAACCUAGACAUACCUCCAAGGCAAUACCUAACCAUGUAAUAAGUCCCUCUCGUCUAUUGGAUCGUUUAAGUAUUGAUGACAAGCCAGGAGAUUUAUCAGAUGCCUCCACGGAGGAGGCACAAAAAUCCCACAAAAAGAAAGUGGCAUCGCAAAAGGAUAUAACUCCUAGAAAAUCUCGUGUUUUGGAACGUUUAAGUCUGGAUGAAAAACCUGAAGAUUUAUCUGAUGCCUCCACAGAAGAUGGUCCAACACAAAAGUCGCACAAAAAGAAGGUGGCAUCACAAAAGGAGGUAACACCAAAAAAAUCACCUGCACCUCGUAAUAAAUAUCAAAAUGCCCGCCGUGUCUUGAAUAGUGCUGAGUGUCAAAAACUUCCCGGGCGUGAGGAACAAUUGGCCGAGUUGACAGCUUUCUUUAGAGAACAUUUAGAGAAUAAAAAAUCCGGUAGCUUGUAUGUAUCAGGACAACCGGGUACUGGAAAAACUGCCUGCCUUUCACUGCUACUGCGCUCACCCGAAUUUACACAUCGCAUACAGAAGGUCUAUGUCAACUGCACAUCUAUUGCCUCCAUUGGUGGAGUGUAUAAGAAACUAUGUGCCGAAUUGAAUCUCAAACCCCAUGGCCGUACCGAAAGAGAUCAUCUUAUGGCCAUCCAAGAGCAUAUUAAAACAUCAUCACGAAUGCUACUCAUUGUCCUCGAUGAGAUUGAUCAGCUGUGUAGUUCCAAACAAUCUGUAUUGUAUACGAUUUUCGAAUGGCCAGCUAUGCCAGAUGCACGUAUCCUGCUGGUGGGCAUUGCCAAUAGUUUGGAUUUAACAGAAAGGACCCUGUUGCGUUUGAAUGCCCGCUGUGAAUUGAAACCAAAACAUAUGCAUUUCCCACCCUAUUCUAAACAACAAAUUGUUGAUAUUUUCAAGUCACGAUUGGAGGAAGCAGAAGUUUUGGAUAUCUUUCCUCCAGUUACUCUGCAACUGUUGGCUGCCAAAGUAAGUGCUGUCAGCGGAGAUGUACGUAGGGCAUUGGAUAUUGGACGCAGAGUUGUGGAAAUUGCCGAGCAACAGAAAAAGGCAGGAGAGAAAGAAGUUCAGCUGAAAAAUCUCAAUAAUAUUGUGGGUGAUGGUAAUGAAUCUGCAGCUACACAGGAACCACCUAAGGAAGAAGUACUUAAACCCGUGCAAGUCACCCAAGUUGCGGCCGUCUUAAACAAGGUCUAUGGUGCCUCUCAAAAUCUCCAAGAAGACAUUGAAGAGUCUUUCCCAUUGCAACAAAAAAUAAUGUUAUGUUCGUUAAUGCUAAUGUUACGUAAUGAAAAGAACAAGGACAUUACAAUGGGUCGUUUACACGAAGUCUACAGACGUGUAUGUAAUAAACGUAAUAUACAUCCAUUGGAUCAGGCUGAAUUCGCGGGCACUGUGGAUUUGGUACAGACACGAGGUAUUUUGCGCAUUAUUAAAAAGAAGGAACCACGCCUACACAAAGUCCAAUUGCAAUGGGAUGAAGAUGAAGUGAAUGGUGCUCUGUGUGACAAACAAUUGAUUGCUUCCAUUCUAGAUGACACAGCCUGUUUGGCUAAAUAAGAA